AUGGUGGAGCAGAAGAAGAGGUUCGCUCUGUUUCUGACGACGUACGACUCCGAGUUCGUGAAGAAGGCUUACGGAGGUUACUUCAACGUCUUCGUCUCGACUUUCGGCGACGAAGGCGAGCAGUGGGAUCUAUUCCGAGCGAUCGACGGCGAAUUCCCCGACGAGAACGAUCUCGACAAGUACGACGGUUUCGUUAUCAGCGGUAGUCCACACGACGCUUUCGGAGACGCCGAUUGGAUCGUCAAGCUUUGCUCGGUUGUUCAGAAACUCGAUGAGAUGAAGAAGAAGGUUCUCGGCAUCUGCUUCGGCCACCAGCUAAUUACUAGAGUCAAAGGAGGGAAGAUAGGCAGGGCUCGUCAAGGACUAGACAUGGGACUGAGAAGCAUAACAAUAGCAAAGGACAAUGAAAAGCUACGAGGUUACUUCGGAGGAGGCGAUGUCCCGGCAUCUCUAGCCAUUAUAAAAUGCCAUCGGGACGAAGUGUUGGAACUUCCCGAGUCUGCUACACUUCUUGCAUCUUCCGAGUUUUGCGAGGUCGAGAUGUUCUCACUUGGAGAUCACUUCCUCUGCAUCCAAGGGCAUCCUGAGUAUAACAAAGAGAUUCUCUUUGAGAUCGUGGACCGUGUCGUCAAUUUGAAGCUUAUGGAGCAAGAGUUUGCGGAUAAGGCGAAGAAGACCAUGGAGACUGCGCAACCAGACCGGAAUCUAUGGCAGAAGCUCUGCAAAAACUUUCUGAAAAGUUGA